UAGUUGUCUUAUACAUUUAAAAACAGCCAUGAGAGGAGGAUAAGAACCUUCAAGAACCACUCCAAGAAGGCAAGAACCCUGGCCUCCUACCCUAUGUUAGGGGGUUUCCUUUUCUAUUAACCCCUCCUAGCUCCGACCCUUUACUUGCUAGGUUUCCUUGUUUGUUUCUUUAAGGCUCCAGUUCUUGUUAGAUAGCAAUUCAAUCCAAUGGAGCUCUUAUACUACUUUAUUUUCUGUUUCUCCAUCCUCUUCCUAGUCUCAAAACUUCUAUUCCAACAAAUGAAAAACUCACCUCCUUCACCAACUGCUCUUCCAAUAAUAGGCCACUUCCAUCUCCUCAAGAAACCACUUCACCGAACCCUAGAGGCACUUGCAGGCCAAUAUGGCCCAAUUCUAUCUCUCAAAUUCGGAUCCCGCUCUGUCCUUGUUGUUUCCUCUCCAUCAGCUAUCGAAAAAUGCUUCACCAAGAACAACGACAUCAUCUUUGCAAACCGACCUUACUGUUUCGCCGGCGAACAUUUAGCCUAUAACUACACCACCAUUGGAUGGUCUCCCUAUGGUCAUCACUGGCGCAUCCUCCGCCGUGUCGCCGCCAUCGAAAUCUUUUCCUCAAACAGUCUCCAGACAUCUUCGAUUAUCCGAAACAAAGAGGUUACUCACCUUGUUCGUCAACUGUAUCGAGGCUCAGAUGGGGGGAAAUUACAGAAGGUGGAAUUGAAAUCCCUAUUUUUUCAACUGACUCUGAAUAUCAUGAUGGGGUUAGUUGCGGGAAAGCGGCUUUUUGGAGACGAGGAGGUUGAUGUGGAGCUGCGGGAGAAGUUUCUCGAACCUAUGAAGGAUCGGACCAAUCAAACCAUGUUUAUGAGCAUGCUUGAUUUCUUUCCAUUCUUGAGGUGGGUUGGCCUUGUGGGAGAAGAGAAGAAAAUGAUGAGGUUUCAUAGAAAGAUAGAUGCAUUGUUUCAGGGUUUGAUCGAUAAGCAUCGAAGGAGGAUGAGCGAUACUAGGAAAGCGAUGAAGGUGGAGGCGAAGGAGACACUUGUUGAUGCUCUCUUGUGCCUUCAACAAGCAGAACCUGAAUAUUACACGGACGAUAUUAUCAAAGGCAUCAUAAGGGUCUUGUUCACAGCAGGAAUAGACACCUCGGCGCUCACCCUUGAAUGGGCAAUGUCACUGCUGCUAAAUCAUCCAGAGGCACUGAAGAAGGCCAGGGAAGAAAUUGACAACAAUGUCGAGCAAGGGCGUUUGAUAGAAGACUCAGAUCUUGCAAAGCUUCCCUACCUCCGGUGUAUCAUCAACGAGACGCUUAGACUGUUUCCUGUGGCACCACUUCUAUUACCUCAUGUGUCAUCUGAAGAGUGCAGUAUAGGGGGUUAUGAUGUCCAUCCUGGAACCAUACUCUUGGUGAAUGCCUGGGCCGUUCACAGGGAUCCUAAGAUCUGGUUUGAAUCCACAAGCUUCAAGCCAGAGAGGUUCGAAGGUAUCGAAGGAGAAAAAGAAGGGUAUAAGUUUAUCCCAUUUGGUCUGGGGAGAAGAGUGUGUCCAGGUUCAGGCAUGGGCAUAAGGGUGGUGUCUUUGGCAUUGGGAGCACUGCUUCAGUGCUUUGAGUGGGGAAGGGUUGGCCCCGAGAAGGUGGACAUGAGUGAAGAUCCAGGGCUUACUAUGCCCAAGGCCAAGCCAUUGGAGGCCAUGUACAUGCCACGUCCAUCCAUGAUUAGUCUCUGCUCUCAGCCUUGAUCCUUUGCUUGUGUGUUUGUGGUUUUAAGAGUUCUUCCAUAUAUAUAAGCCUUGUAGUCGUACAUUCACAUCAUUGUGUGCUUAGGGUCUUUGGUUGGUUGGUUGAUUUGCAGUUCAUGUAAUAUAUUGCCUGGAUUGUAGGCUAAUACAUUGUAAACGUACUACUUUGAUAAUUGCAUCACCUAUGAUCAGCAGAGUUUAUCGGU